UACCUACCAAAUCAUGUUAACCACAACAAAAACCAACCAAUUCAACACCAAACUUCAAACUUACGGCAAACACCAUGUCGCCGUCGCCGUCGCCGUCGCCGUCAACGAGCAGUACGAAUAAGAGGAAGAUCAAACUAAGGAGUUCCGAUGGGAAGACCUUUGAAGUAGAAGAAGAAGUAGCAAUGCAAUCAGAAACCAUAAAAUCCAUGAUAGAAGUCGUUCCGAUUCCCGAGGUUAGUGGUAAGACAUUGUCUUUGGUCAUUGACUACUGCAACAAGAACAAAGAUGAUCUUCAUGAUGAUCUCAUAGAUUGGGCCCUUCGUCUCUUUGAAGCUGAUCAAGCUGCUUUCUUUGAUCUCGUUCUGGCCGCGCAUUAUUUGAAGAUCAAAAGCUUGGAGGAUUUGACUAGCAAGACUGUGGCAGGCGUUAUAAGAGGAAAGUCCCUAGAAGAAAUCAGGCAAACAUUCAACAUAAAUAAGUAAAACAACCCUUUAAUUAAUCCUAGAAAACUGAUAUAUAUAAUUAUAACAGGAAAGUUUAAUUAGUCCCUUGAUUAUUUUUAUUUCAUGUUAGAUGGUGAUAAACUGGUCAUUUAUUGUAUGAAUUUGGUUCUGUAAUAAGCUAAAAUUGCAUAUUUUGAAUUACAAAACAGUACAAGAAGUCUAAUUAAGCUAAUGACAGAACUUAUUGGUGUAAAUAUCGAAACAAUAAUACUAGACCUAAUGUUAUGAAUGAUCUGUUCUCUUCACCUGGUCUGGUCUAGUUUUUUCUAGUUUCUGGUAUGAUCUGAUUUUUUUCUGGUCUGGUCCGGUCUGGCCAUACCCGUGUGUGAUUAACAUACGUUGUCAGAGACUCGUAGAGAUCGGCAUAGAUUCUCUGAAAGAGUAACUCAUCUUACAUUCUAAUGUAUUGCCAG